AUGAGGCAACCAAGUGUGACUUCUUUUCGAGUAAGACCUGCGGAGGCUGGAGACUGCCCGGAAAUCCUGCAUCUAAUUAAAGAAUUGGCUGCCUGUGAAAACAUGCUAGAUGCAGUGAAGUUAACAUCAAAGGGUAAAGUGACUGUUGGAUUAGCAAUGUACUACUUCACAUAUGACCCCUGGAUUGGCAAGUUACUAUACCUAGAGGACUUUUAUGUCAUACAAGCUUACCGAGGUCUAGGUAUUGGAGCUGAAAUGCUGAAGAGGCUAAGUCAGAUAGCCAUCAGAAGCCAGUGUAACUGCAUGCACUUUCCUGUCGUCACUUGGAACCAGGCUUCUAUCGACUACACUCAUCGAGGGGCUUUAGACCUUUCCUCCGAGGAGGGCUGGCAUCUGUUCAGGUUUAACAGAGAAGAACUCAUGGACAUGGCAGGGGAAAAGUGA